AUGUUAUUCACUCCCAUCUUAAUCGGAGCAGCCUCACUCGCUGCCCAAGCCUCAGCAGACACAUUCCAAGUAUCUCAGCGCUAUGGCGGCCCCCAAAGACCCUUACAGGGCAUACGAAAGAUGAGCGACGAUGCAGGGGAGAAGUUCUACAUGCACUACUGGCAUUAUGAAGAAGACUCUGUCGUUGCAAACUCGACCGAAGAGGCACAGACCAAAAUAGAUCGGAGUUCCGUUCUGCCUCGCUCAUACCAUUUCCAGCCGCCGUUUUCGCUUGGCCCCGAGCGCUUUGCGGACCUGCGUUCUUCGCCACUGGGAAGAAGGGAAUUCGAAUGUCCGUCUGGGACAAGCGCUUGUACGUCUAUCAAUCGGUCAGAUAGCUGCUGCGGUGCGGAUGAGACGUGCGUGGUGGUAGAGGACACUGGAUUGGGGGAUGUGGGAUGUUGCCCUUCUGGCCAAGAUUGCUCUGGGACGAUUGGGUCUUGCUUCGAGGGGUACACUAGCUGCCCGUCAUCGCUUGGAGGCGGAUGUUGCUUUCCUGGGUACGAAUGCGUGGAAGGGGGCUGUCAGUGCGCGCAUAUCAUCACAAUCACUAUUACGUUAUCCUCGACGACAUUAACAACCACAUCGACCGAGACGGUUUCCGCGACGAGUACCACUGACACUAGCACUACGACUACGAGCACAAGCACGGCCACUCCUACAACUACAAGCACAUCCUCGACAGGGGACCUGACCCCCCCCGAUCGACCCACCAGUUUAUCUACUACCACAAGCUCCGAGACCGAAACGACCUGUCCGACCGGUUUCUACGCAUGUGCUGCGGUCUAUCAGGGCGGAUGCUGUCAGAUCGGCCGGAAUUGCGAUACGACGUCUUGCCCCGCAGUAUCCUCAACAACCAUCGAGACUGAAGGCCGAACGAUUGUGAUUGCCGAGCCAACGACAUCAGCAACGACAGCAGCGAAUAGUCAAGAGAGCGGUGCGAGGACAUGCGCGACUGGCUGGUUCAGUUGUGCGGAUACCGUAGGCGGAGGAUGUUGUCCGACCGGGUAUGCGUGCGGAGCAAGCUGCACAGCAGCGCCGACCGCAUCCACAACAGGAACCGUAGCUAAGGAGGCUCCAACGGUAGAAUCAAUUGGGGACACUGUGAAAUACAAUUGGAUACAUUUGAUCUGGGCUAUGUUCAUGACUUGGCUAUGCUAUGAUAAAUGUACUUAG